GCUUCGGAGCCGCCUAGGCCCCGCCGGGCAGUUUUCUCUGGGAAGUUGGCGUCUGAGCUUGUGAUGGCCGCCGCCGCCGUCGCCAUGGAGACAGAUGAUGCUGCGAAUCGACUUCGGUUUCAGUUGGAGUUGGAAUUUGUGCAGUGUCUAGCCAACCCAAACUACCUGAAUUUUCUUGCCCAAAGAGGUUACUUCAAGGACAAAGCUUUUGUUAAUUAUCUUAAGUACUUGCUGUACUGGAAAGAACCAGAAUAUGCCAAGUAUCUGAAGUACCCUCAGUGUUUACACAUGUUAGAACUCCUCCAGUAUGAACACUUCCGCAAGGAGCUGGUGAAUGCUCAGUGUGCCAAGUUUAUUGAUGAGCAGCAAAUCCUACACUGGCAGCACUACUCCCGGAAGCGUAUGCGCCUGCAGCAAGCCUUGGCCGAGCAACAGCAGCAGAAUACCUCAGGAAAGUAAAGAGCCUCAAACGGACUAGACUCUUGGACAUGUAUAUAAUGUAUUUGUUCUGCACAGUGUACCUACCUCUGUCGUGGCAGCACCUACGAGGUUCAGUGUGCCGUUAAUCGAGCUUUUUAUUGUAAUAGAGAAUUUCUAUUAAACCAGCUUGUUCUA